UCCUCCGCUCCGCUGAAUCAGAAGCUCUCUCAGAGCGUCGCGGCGCUGCAUCAGCUCUGAGCUCUUCAGGUCGGUGCAUGCUGAAGUGAUGAUGGCGGCAGCGCUGGAGAGAGGAGGGCUUCGGGCCGCCUUCCUGAACCCGGGCAGCGGCGGCGGCGGAGCGGCUCCCACAGCGGCGUCUGGAGCGGUGCUGUGGGGCUCCGCGGGCUCCGGGUCUAUGCCCGUCCCCAUGAACCUCUUCGCCACCUGGGAGCUCGACCGCUCCUCUCCGAGCUGCGUGCCCCGGCUGUGCAGUCUGACCUUGAAGAGGCUGAUCGUGUUGAAGGAGCUGGAUAAGGAUUUGAACUCGGUGCUCAUCGCUGUGAAGAUUCAGGGCUCCAAACGAGUGCUGCGCUCUAACGAGUACAUCCUUCCUCCCAGCGGCCUGAUGGAGACGGAGCUGGAGCUCACCUUCUCUCUGCAGUAUCCUCACUUCCUGAAGAGAGACGCCAACCGCUUGCAGAUAAUGCUGCAGAGAAGAAAACGCUACAAAAACAGAACCAUUCUGGGCUACAAGACGCUCGCGCUCGGAGUCAUUAACAUGGCCGAGGUGUUGCAGCAUCCUACAGACGGAGGCCAGAUUCUGGGUCUCCAUAGCAACAUGAAGGACGCGCCGACACGCGUGGCUGAGAUUAGCGUGUUCUCACUGUCCAGUCAACCCAUUGACCACGAGUACGGCAACGGCCAGACGGGAACCAAGUCCAAAACCUCGGAUCGUUCUCCUGACAUGGAUAAUUACUCAGAGGAUGAUGAUGACAGUUAUUCAUCAGGGCAGGAGGGCAGUGAUGAUGCUGGACACGCACAGGAUUUGUAUGAUGAAGAUGACGACAUACGAAAGCCAAAAAAACCCAGACGGAAAAUGAUUAGAUCUGUCUCAUUGACACGAGCUGCUGACUUCCUGUCGGUGGAGGGGUGUGAGACGGCCGGCUCGCGGCAGCAGGAGGACACCAGCGGCGGGGAGGUGGAUGCAGAGCAUCAUGGGAUAGUAAUGGCAGAUGUGUCAGAGCCCAGCAGCGAUCGACUGAACAGCUCCGGUGGGAAACUCUGCAAGACUGAGUCCCAGAAUCACAGCAGUCCCAGUAAAGCGGAGAGCAGGGUCCCGCGGCGCGCUCGCAGCACAUCCAUGAAGGACAGACAGAACUCCCGAGCUCAGAGCGAGCGCACCAUCAGCGUGGACAGCGAGUAUUCGCUCGACAGCCGCUUCAGCUCACAGGUGCCCAGGAAAUCAGUGUAUGAUCAGCUGAAUCAGAUCCUGAUCUCAGACGAGAGACUCCCAGAGAACAUCAUCCUCAUCAACACUGUGGACUGGCAGGGCCAGUAUGUGGCGGAGGUCCUGCAGAAACACGCUCAGCCCAUUGUGUCGACCUGCUCCACCGCUGACGUCCAGGCCGCGUUUAACACCAUCGUCACACGCAUUCAGAGAUUCUGUAACUGUAACGCUCAGACUCCGCCCACUGUGAAGGUGGCGGUGGCGGGUGAUCAGAGCUAUCUCAGUACAGUGCUGCGCUUCUUUGUAGAGCAACUGGCCAAUAAGACGCCUGAUUGGCUGAGCUACAUCCGCUUCCUCAUCAUCCCCAUCGGUUCCCAUCCUCUGGCCAAGUACGUGUCGACAUUCGACAGUAAGUUCAACAGUAUGUUCAUGGACCCGUCGUGGAGGGAGCUGUUCUGCCGGUCAGAGACUCCCAGCGCAGGUACUGACGUCAGCGCACUGUGUGUGUGUGUGUGUGUGUGUGUGUGGUCAUGUGGCAUCUCUCUGUUCUCAGUGGAUUCUGAUGAUGCCAUUGGCGGGAAUGUGGGCGUGGUUUCCUCACCCUUGCCGCAGUCGGCCACGCCCUAUGGGAAGGAGAUGUGUGUGACUCCGCCCCCGUCACCCUCGGCGUGUGCUGUUUUCACUGGCAUGGGUUCUCCGUGCACAGGUGGAGAGCUGAUGGGGCUGCAGGUGGACUACUGGACGUGUCAGAGCGGAGAGAAGAAGCGUGAGAGUGAGAAGCGUGAUGUGGGUCUGAAGAACACACUGAAGAGUAACUUCCGCUCGCUGCAGGUCAGCCGUCUGCCCAGCGGAGGAGACCCCAGCGCUCCCCACAGCAUGGCCAUGACCGUCGUCACCAAAGAGAAGAACAAGAAAGUGAUUUUUCUGAGUAAGAAGCCGAAGGAGAAGGAGGUGGACUCUAAGAGUCAGGUGAUCGACGGCAUCAGCCGGCUCAUCUGCGCGGCCAAACACCAGCACACCAUGCUCCGAGUCUCCAUCGAUGGCGUGGAGUGGAACGAUGUGAAGUUCUUCCAGCUGGCCGCGCAGUGGCCGACUCACGUCAAGCACUUCCCCGUCGGUGUGUUCGGCUACAGCAAACACGCGUGACGUCACGCCUGCACGAGGACACGUCACUGGCUGCCUCCGGUUCGUUCGUGUGGUCGCGUGUGUUUUCAGUGGCACUACAUACACAGAGCAGGUCAUGCUUCCUCUGAAGAUGGCUGCCAUCGGUCAUGAUGACGGACGGCAAACACCAAGCACUUUCUGUUUCUUGCUACUUUAUCAUUUCUGUGAAAUCCUGUGUUGAAUUUUGCAGGUGCAUGAUGGGAUUGAUAGAGAAUACGCGUGCGCCGACAGGCCGUGUUGAGGCGUUUUGCUGUGAAUUUAAAUUGAUUUUUUUACCCUGAUGUAAACGCUAGUAUUUUGUGAUAACACAUUGAAUAUGAAACUGUUAAACUGAACCUGCCUUUCAAAGCACAUCUUGUAUUAUCAAUUACAUCAAUGCUUCAAAGUUUCAACCUCCAACAGAUCAUCAUUACUUUUUAAUUCAUUUUUGACAGAAUAUACUUUAACGGCACCUUCUGAUCACACUGCAACAGUGCAAAUGUCUGAAGAUUCUUAAAUCAAGAUGCAUUUAAUGGAGACACCCAGUGAAGUUUGCGAGGAACAUGCAGAAUCCGUCGAGCUCCUUUUAUCAUGGGACUGAUUGGAUCUGAGUGUGUGUUGAGUCUCGUUGCUUCAGUGUUUUCACUCCCACUCCAGAUGCCAAACACAGACUCCAGUUCACCAAAGCUGCUUCAUCACACGCAGUAUUUGCACUUUUACUACAGUAAAAGAGUUCUGUAUGAGCAGAUCAACCGGCUGCUUUAGCUCCAGCACUUUGAUUUAAAGCGACAGUGUACCCAAAAAACAUCAUUCUGUUGUCAUGUGCUCUCCCUCGCGUCAUUCAAACCCAUAUGACUGACUGUGGGGAGAUAUUUAGAGAAAUGUCUCAGUGUUUUUUGUCCAUAUAGUCCCGAUGUCGUCUUUUAUGUUCACGGAGGAAAUGCACAGCUUUGAGUAAAUGAUGACAGAAUGCUGAUUUUGUGGUGAACUGUCACUUUAGGAACCACUAUGAACUCGUUCUCCGUGUAUGCUCGCGCAGAUGCGUUUACAUGAAGGUUCUGUGUACGUCUGUUAGACGAGAGUCACACCAUCAACUUUAGUACAUGUGUGUGUGUGUGAGUGUGUGUGAGUGUGAGAGAGAGAGUGAGUGUGUGUGUGUGUGUG